AUGAGAACCAAGCAUUCAUCCCCACCACCACGCUGCACGGCAGAUUCACAGACCUUUGUGGAUUGCUUCAUAAAGCAAUUCACCAAAUCCCCAAAUAAUUACGGUCUAAUUAGACUGUUCUUUGCCAUCACUCCUGGAAGACGACCACCGGAGCUUGCCACUCAGAACAAGUGCCUCUUCCCAGAAGCCUCGUGGGGCUUGCAGCCAAACCACCACCCUGGCUACGAACAAGUCAAGAGUCACAGCCGCGCCCAAGGCAUCAAGGGCUUUGUCGACACCGCCUACCGCUGCUGCAGAAGGUGCCUGAUUGUAUCCAACAGCAACCGCCUUCCUCCAGCUCAGGCCCUCCAGGUCUCUGAGCUGAAGACACCGGGGUUCAACAUCAGCGUCGCGACGGUCAGGCUGAGGGAAACACGGUUGCUUGGGACUGUGUUCUCCGGCAUGAUGACAGAGCCCCGAAGUCACCUGGCUGCAGCAAAGAAGAGCACCACACCCCUCAAGCCAGAUGUGGUCGCUCAGCCGCCGUCUGAAGUUCCCGGAAUAGACUGGGGUGUCUGGUGUCAGACUCUCCCCUGCACCAACCCUGAUCACCUGUCACUGGGGCCCUUCCAGAAGGCGCAGCAGCUGGGAUUCAGCUUCCUGAUCCAGUGUGUGAAGAUAGGCCGUGGAUAUUUUACCAUACUGCGAGAGGAAAAUGCCAUGAAAAAGAGGGAACAGCAACUCCAGAAGCUGAAGGAGGAAGAAUUAAAUAAAUUCCAACCGGCCAAGAAGUACUCAGAUAUCCAGUGCAGGGGCACCCUGAUGUCUACCUAUGAUGAUGAAAAGUUAAAGAAGAUGGAGGCUGGCAUCAUUAUGCGCCCAUUCACACCAGUCCACAGCUGCCUCAUGGCUCCCUCCUUGCCCGACUCUCACGUGGAUGCCCUCUACCGGCAGCUGUGUGCGCUCCACUGGCUCUUAGAGGCCCUGACUAUCGACUACACCCACCAUACCAUGAGGCCCUUGAUUGCCUGCUGGAACCCCAAGGACCCAGGAGGCAGCAAGAGCACAAUUAAGAAGGUCAACAAGGACAAGUCCAUGGGGCAGAGGUGGGAUCACUUCGUCACAGCGCCCAAGACCAAGAAAUUCAAAAUCCCGGCCCUCCGCGCCAGCCGCAAACCCAGCCGGCGGGGCUCUACCCUCAGUCUGACUCGGACCAGUGGGGGUUCUUCUCCCCAGAGCAGCAUGAUUUCUGUGAACCCCGGCUCUGAUGAGCCCCCCAGUGUAGCCACCGGCAGCAAAGACAUUGAGGACACCGAGUCAUGGUCCACUAAGCAUGAUGAGGAGACCCUCCUUAACCUCCACACCAACCUGCAGAAGCUCCUGGAGAUGGUCCGGGAAGACGCCCGAAGAACCAUCAUGAGCAUGGUGGAGAAUACGCAGAAGACAGCUCCCAGCCUCAUGUCUGUAGUCAAGCAAGCCAAGAGCGAUUCUGCUGUUAAGGAGUGGCAGACCACCCACAAAUCCAGUGAGAGAUCCAGCACUACAAGCGGAGAAAGCCACACCCUGGUGACCCAGAAGAAGUCAAAGGGCCGUGCCAACCGUGACAUCGUCCAUUGCAAGAGUGGGGUGUGUAGCAUUCUGCGGGCCAAGUUUUACAGCGUAGCCCAGGAGGCCGGCUUCUGCCUACAAGACAAGCUGGAGAUCCUCAUGAAGCGCCAAGAAGAACGGGGUAUCCAGAAGUUCCACUCCUUUAUUCUUACGUCGACUUUCCAAAAGGAUUUAUCAAAGAUGAGGCACCGGGUCUCGAUGGUGAAGGGGGACGCAGAAGAGAUUGCGGACCACUGGUAUUUUGAUCUGUUGUCCAAACUCCCUGAGGAUCUGAAGAACUUCCGGCCUGCAAAAAAGAUCCUGGCAAAACUGCAGAAAUUUGGAGAGAACCUAGACCUGAGGAUCCGGCCGCAUGUCCUCCUGAAGGUGCUCCAGGACCUGCGGAUCUGGGAGCUGUGCUCCCCAGACAUUGCGGUAGCCAUUGAGUUCGUGAGAGAACACAUCAUCCAUAUGCCACAAGAAGAUUACAUCAACUGGCUCCAGACCCGGGUCAACAUGCCCAUCCGGCAGUACAUCACCCCAACAUGUACCUGA